CGCCCCUCCCGCCUUCUCUCCCUCCGCCCCCCCACACCCCCGGCACGGCUGAGGGGGCGCGCGGUGCACGCCGGGACGGCAGCGCGCGCCGCGGCCGGGAGGAGGCGGAGGAGCCAAGAUGGACGCCGGGUUCUUCCGCGGAACCAGUGCAGAGCAGGACAAUCGCUUCAGCAACAAGCAGAAGAAGCUGUUGAAGCAGUUGAAGUUUGCAGAAUGCUUAGAAAAGAAGGUGGACAUGAGCAAAGUAAAUCUGGAAGUAAUCAAACCUUGGAUAACAAAACGAGUAACAGAAAUCCUUGGAUUUGAAGAUGAUGUAGUAAUUGAAUUUAUAUUCAACCAGUUGGAAGUGAAGAACCCAGAUUCCAAAAUGAUGCAAAUCAACCUGACUGGUUUUUUGAAUGGGAAAAAUGCUAGGGAGUUCAUGGGAGAACUGUGGCCACUGCUAUUAAGUGCACAAGAAAACAUUGCUGGUAUUCCAACUGCAUUUCUGGAACUGAAGAAAGAAGAAAUAAAACAACGACAGAUAGAGCAGGAGAAACUGGCUUCCAUGAAGAAACAAGAUGAAGACAAAGAGAAGAGAGAUAAGGAAGACAAAGACAACAGAGAGAAGAGAGACAGAUCCAGAAGUCCAAGAAGACGCAAGUCCCGCUCUCCCUCCCCGCGGCGCCGAUCGUCUCCCGUGCGCCGCGAGCGGAAGCGCAGCCACUCGCGCUCCCCCCACCACCGCACCAAGAGCCGCAGUGCCACCCCUGCCCCCGAGAAGAAAGAGGCCACUCCUGAGCCAGAGCCCUCCGUGAAACCAAAGGAGACCAUUGUGCAAGAGGCAGCUUCAAACAGUGAUAUCCCAAAAGCUCCUAAACCUGAACCACCUGUACCAGAGACUAAGGAAACUUCACCAGAACGUAAUUCAAAGAAGGAGAGGGAGCGGGAGAGGGAGAGGGAGAAGGAGAAGGAGAAGACUCGUCAGAGAUCCCCAUCUCGGUCCAAGUCCAGGUCAAGGUCCCGGUCCCGUUCUCCGUCUCAUUCCCGACCCAGAAGGCGCCAUAGAUCACGGUCAAGGUCUUACUCCCCUAGAAGGCGACCCAGCCCGCGGCGCCGGCCGUCCCCGCGCAGGAGGAGCCCGCCCCGCAGGAUGCCUCCCCCCCCCAGGCACAGGAGGAGCAGAUCCCCCGUCAGGCGGAGAAGACGCUCCUCGGCCUCGCUGUCCGGCAGCAGCUCCUCCUCGUCCUCGUCGCGCUCCCGCUCUCCACCAAAGAAGGCUCCCAAGAGACCCGUGUCCAGCCCGCCCCGCAAAACGCGCCGGCUCUCCCCCUCUGCCAGCCCCCCCCGGCGCCGCCACCGGCCCUCGCCCCCCGGCAGCCCCCCGGCCAAGCCGCGCCGCUCGCCCACGCCCCAGCAGUCCAACCGCGCCCGCAAGAGCCGCGGCUCCGUCUCGCCCAGCAGGGCCUCAGCGCCCAAACAUAAGAGUACUGAGAAAAGAGAGUCUCCUUCGCCAGCACCCAAGCCCAGGAAAGCAGAAUUGUCAGAAUCAGAAGAAGACAAAGGAGGCAAAAUGGCUGCAGCAGAUUCUGUCCAACAGAGGCGUCAGUACAGGAGGCAAAAUCAACAGUCUUCAUCUGAUUCUGGUUCUUCAUCUUCCUCAGAAGAGGAGAGGCCCAAGAGGUCGAACGUGAAGAACGGGGAGGUGGGCAGGCGCCACCGGCACUCGCACUCGCGCAGCCCCUCGCCCCGCAAGCGCCAGAAGGAUUCCUCCCCUCGGAUGCAGAUGGAAAAGAGGUGGCAAUCACCAGUGAUGAAAAGCAGGAGGAGGAGGAGCCCCUCGCCGCCCCCCGCGCGCCGGCGCCGCUCCCCUUCCCCGGCGCCCCCGCCCCGGCGCCGCCGCUCGCCGUCCCCGCCUCGCCGAAGGUCUCCAUCACCGCCCCCGCGCAGACGUUCUCCCUCUCCACGCAGAUACUCCCCCCCGAUCCAGAGGCGCUAUUCCCCAUCUCCCCCUCCCAAGAGGAGAACAGCUUCUCCUCCUCCCCCUCCCAAAAGAAGGGCCUCCCCUUCCCCCCAGUCCAAGCGCAGAGUCUCCCACUCCCCACCGCCCAAACAGAGGAGCUCCCCCACUGCCAAGCGGCGCUCCCCUUCCGUGUCUUCCAAGCACAGGAAGGGGUCUCCCCCCAGCAGAUCCAACAGGGAAACACGUUCUCCACCACAAAACAAAAGGCAUUCACCUUCACCACGGCCUCGAGCUUCCCACCCCUCCUCCAGCCCUCUGGCGCCGCGCCGGGGAGCGUCGGCGUCGCCGCAGAGGAGACAGUCACCCUCACCCAGCAGCAGGCCCAUCAGGAGGGUGUCCAGAACGCCAGAGCCCAAGAAAACAAAGGCUUCCAGCCCCAGCCCCCGGCGCGCGUCCUCGUCCCGCUCUGCGUCAGCGUCCCCUGAGGUGGCUCCCAAAAAGCACCCAGGGCCUGCAUCUCCCGCCCGCUCUCGCUCUCCCUCUGCAAACUGGUCACCUGCAAAAAAGGCCAAGAGCCCAACUCAGAGCCCAUCACCUGCCAGGAAUUCAGAUCAAGAAGGUGGUGGCAAGAAGAAGAAGAAAAAGAAGGAUAAGAAGCAUAAAAAGGAUAAAAAGCACAAGAAACACAAAAAGCAUAAGAAGGAGAAGGCAGCAGCAGCUGCAGUAGCUGCUGCUGUGGCUCCAGCAGACACCACCUCAGCACAGGGAGAGCAGGAAGCAGAGACAGAACCCAAAAAGGAGACAGAGAGCGAACCCGAGGACAACCUGGAUGACCUCGAGAAGCACCUGCGGGAGAAGGCACUGAGGUCCAUGAGGAAGGCGCAGGUGUCCCCCCCCUCCUAGGCCAACCCUUUGAUAUAAUGUACAUUUUCUUUGGUUUGUACUCAGAAUUCAAUUUCAAAUUGCUAAAUGUGUUUGAGCUUUAGAAUAUAACAUUUGUUGUAAUAAUUGCUAGGUUGAGGUUCACCAUGUACAAAGGGCAUGGAUUUACAUUACAAAAGGUGUCCACAGUGUACUAGUGACAUUCUUUCAUUGACAGCAUAAUUUCAUUUAGAGUGAGACUUUUUAGAAGCAGUAGGAAUUUGUUUUGGAGGUUUGAAACAUGACCGUCAGUUCCCUCAUUUCUUUGGAAUCCAGCAGAGCCUUGAGCAGAAUUUGUGAGGGGCUCAUUUGACUUCUUUUGUAUCACUUACAUGAUGCUACUAACCUUUGUGGUUUGUAGGCUUGCCCAGGAGUAAAACCACUGCAGAAUUCAAGGAAAUACAUCUCUAUUUUAAUGCUUUCUACUGUUGCCUGUAUAGUCUCCAUAAAGCCAAUCAAGAAUAGCAAUUUAGAGUGGUACAUAAAUGAAAGCAUGUUGUUUACCAGGACACUGUGGGUUUAUAUUGAUGUAACAUGUUGAUUUGGAACACUGGAAUUUCAUUUGUAUUUUUAUGUUCUUUUUUUAAAGGGCAGUUUCCAUGAUCAGCAGACCCAGAAAAAAAAUAAUAAUUCCUUCAGUUCCAUAAAUUUUGUUUGUGAGCUGUCGUUGCCCCAUUCAUAAAUCUUGUCUCGUUACGGUUCUUCGGAAUGGUCUGAGCAACUUUCAGAGCUGUGUUCUUUGAAAGUGUAGAGGAACCUGAACUUUGGAUAUUGUCAUGUUUUCACUGUUCUUUGUUUUUGUUUUUUUAACUAAAGCUAUAUAAAGCUUGUGGAUUAAACAAAAUAAAUUUCUAAAUUUAAA